AUGGCACAAACCUGCAAGGCUCUGAGCACUCCUGUGCAGUGUGGGGGACCUAGGGUGACCAAAUGUCCCGAUUUUAUAGGGACAGUCCUGAUUUUUGGGUCUUUUUCUUAUAUAGGCUCCUAUUACCCCCCACCCCCAUCCCGAUUUUUCACACUUGCUGUCUGGUCACUCUAGGGGGACCUGUGCUCUGGCUAAUUUCAGUGGGAGUCAAGAGAGCUCAGUGCAUGGCCAAACUGAGCCCUACAAACACCGAUGGCUUGGGGUUUCUUCCCCCCAGCCAGCACUUUUUCAAAACUAUCUCAGGCAGUGGUGUUGAUGCUACUCUGUUUGUUAGUGAUGUGGUUAACAGCCAGUGUCACUAGCUUAGCGUCACAGGAGAAACAGCUCAUCAAACUCUGCUUUUCUUCACUUGACGUUGGGUGGGAUUUUACACAGUAGCACAGAAAUCUAGCUCCAAAGGUUUGUGAAAAUGCCUUGGACACCUGCUCUUCCAGCUGCGUUUUUGCUCUUCCUGCUUUUCCAGGGUACCCCAGCCCAGAAAGAUGUUACACAGGAGCCAGCUAUUCUCAUGGUUAAUGAAGGAGAGUCGGUCAACAUAACCUGCUCCGUUACUACCAAGGGAACGCUAGUAGGGAUGUAUUUGAAAAAAGAAGUUGUAAAUGCCAUGGAAGUGCUAUACAUCACAAAUAAUGGUCGUACCCGUACCAUAGACUUUCGCUACAAAGACCGCAUUGAGAUCUCCGUUCUCCAGACAGAUGUGUGGAUAACGCUGCACCAGUUGCAGAAAAAUGACACUGGUUUAUAUGUCUGUAGAGAGAGUGUUCUAGAAAAUUACGAGCCCAAUUGUGUGUCGAGCCAAGGCACCAUAUUGGUGGUGAAAGAAAUGGAGCAGGCAGAGUGCCACAUGGCUUCCUGGAUGCCCUAUGUUCUGUCCUUCAUGGCUUUGAUCUUGGUUUCUGCGCUGGGAUACCUCAUUCUGUCUCACAUAGAUAUCAAGAAACACUGCCAAGAAGGAAAGGAAAAGCAAGCAAAUAUAGUGUACGAAGACAUGUCCUACACCCUUAGGCUCAACAACUUGGCCACAGUCAACCCUUAUAACAAUUGUUAGCAAGCUCUUGCUAGCUGAGGCGGUGUGGACAUCAGCAGCUCCUUCUCCACGUGCUUGAGCUAGAAAGGCUGACAUCUGACAAUCAUUCCCUUUAGAGAAAAGAAAAAAAUAUCUGCCUUGUGUCCUGUGCAAUGUUUCUGCUUAUUUCACUCAAUUGUGAAGACCACUUUGCAGGAAGGGAAGGGGGGCAGGGAGGUUACUUUCAGAAAAUGUAGAGAAAUGAGUGCAUCCCUGAACGUGUGAGUGUGUGCUGGGGAAGGCAGUGUUAGAUACUGUGGUGUAUAGUCGACUUGAUGCAACACCUGCCCUUGUUCCUCCCGUUAGUGAUGAUCACACCUCCCAAUGGAGCAUGUGAGAGAAGUUGUAUUGGGAGCACGGGGAGGCACUCAGGCCCAGAUCCACAAAGGGACUUAGGCACCUCAACCCACACAGGCACCUCUAAGUCCCGGUUUAGGUGCUACUGAGAUCCACAAAACCUAAACAAGCUCAGCGCCUUAUUUUGCAGUAAAAGUUCCCUGGGCAUCUAAGUUCCUCUGGGCAAGGGCGCACCUGUCUCCUUCUUGGUGUCUGGCCACCUAAGCCCC